AUGUCGAAAGGAUCCCCAACAGUAAUUCCACUGCGUCUCUCAAUAGGCGAUCGUCUAACAGUUAAGUCCGCUCCUUCCCAAACGCAAAUGGCAGUCUAUGCUCAUGAUCAAAACUGGUACGCCUGGGAAACCGCUGGCUUUCAACAAGAAGCCCAUGAGACCUGCUGUGCCUGGUGGCAGCUGCGAACCCUUCGAACUCCCCUCUCCUUGGAAAUUGAGAAAUCAGGCCAACAUCGUCUGAUACUUCGAGGAAACGCUGAAGGCACUGUCCAAAUUGAGAUCCAGAGAUCUCUCUAUGAGGCUGCAGUUUGUGAUCCAGUCGUGUGUGAUGCGAUCAGAGUCAAUGCUUGUCGAGUGGACGUCUUUGAAAAACCCAGCAUUCUGGAAGUGAGAGUUGGAGAUGGAUCUGAAAAUGAUUUUGAAAUUGUUCGAGUCUGGAUGUCUUGUGAACAUAGAGGUUGGGCUAUCGCUCUGUUCUCAAGUUCAAUUCCACUGUUCGUUAUGGUUUGCAUCUGUCUAAGUUUCUGGUGCAAUAGCAGACAACAACAACUGAGAAGUUCAUUGAGGAGUAUGGCCAGUCCAGUUUACACUUAUCCUAGAGUUCAAAGUUCAAACAGUGUUCUUGGCGGCAUGAGUGUUGGUGGCGGUAAACAAGAUGUUGACUUUGUAUAG